GGUGGGGUUUGGCGCUUCCUCCUCCUGUCAGUCAGGUUUGGUGCCAUGGGGCUGGGGCUGUGCUGGGCCCUUGGCCUGUCGCCAGUUCAGCAGCCACUGGCACACUUGUCAUGGGGCUGCCAGCAGUGUGAGCUCUCUGUCAGAUCUGUGUUUCAACCAUUGCUGUGGAGCAGCUCAGCUCUGCAGAUGUAAUCAAGACCACGAUCUAAUCGCUUCCACUUCCUUCCUGGGGCUGAUAAGGGGGACAGUGCUCAUGUGCUGGACAGGAGAGCAGCCCUCUAGGGCGGGCCUGGAGAACAUGGCAGGGCGUGCAUGCACAGCUGCUCAUUGCUGUGCCACGCAGAGGCUAUGCUGCAGGCACGUGGGUGCUGCUCACGUUCCUCAGCCAUCGUGUCAGAGUCCAGCCAAGCCCUGGGGCUCAUGGUGGACAGGCUGGACUGCCCAGCCAGGGCCUGCCAGUGACACCAUGCCCACAGCUGGUCUCACACACUCCAGCCCAUCCAAACCUCCCUUCCCACCACAGUUCAGGCUGCUGGACCUGCUCCCAGGGCCCCUUGUUGUCCCCGGCAGCCCAGGGACCACCAGGCUGUGCUCUGGGCUGGGCCAUGCCCACGGCUGUGCUGCACUCCCUGCCCCAGGCAGCCCUUUCUGCCCGGGCCUCUCUGAUCCUGCUCAGUUCCUGAGGGUUUUAGGUCUGGGCUCCCCGGUUUUGGAGAAGAGAGGACACCACUCCUACACAGCUCAGGGUGACACCAUGGUCCCGCUGGGGUGAGGCUGAGCGGGACUGACACCCUUUCGGGCCAUUCGGGGUGCCUGCUUGCAGCUCUGUGGUCCUGACCUGACACACUCAUCAUGGCGGCGCCCGCUGCCCGCCACACCCACCAUGGCGGCUCCGCACCCGUCCCCCCAAGAUGGCCGCCCUGCCCGGCCAACGCGCCCGUCACCAAGAUGGCCGCCCGGGAGCGCCGCAUAACAUGGCGGCCUUCUGAGAGGCGUGACAUCAUUUCCGGCCGCGGUUACGGAAGCGCGCGAUGGGAGGAGAUGGGCGAGGGCCGCCCGGGGGUGGCGGCCACGCUGCGGGCGCUGAACGGGGCCCUGGGGCGGCCCGCCGCGCUCUGGGUGAAGGAGAGCGGCGCCCGCAACCUGCGCUACCGGGAUUUCCUGGCGCCGCGGGCCGCGCUGAGCGCCGCCUUUCCCGGAGGGCAGGUGCCCCCCGAGGCCGUGUCAGCGGUGCCGUCGCUGCGGGGCCCGGCGGUGCUGCCGCUGCGGAUCUGCCGGCAGACGCCGGCGGGGCUGGCGGUGCAGGUGCACCGCCCCGAGGCCUUCCAGCGCCUGCUGGGGCCUCUGCCCGGCCCGCCUGCCCCCGCGGCGGGGCCGCGCACGGGCUGCGUGGUGCUGCACUGCCCGGCCCUACGCAGCAGCCCCGCUGCCCUGCGGCCCCGCCACCUCCGCUCCGUCCUGCUGGCCGACCACCUGGCCCAGCUGCUGCGCGCUCAGGGGGUCGACGUGCGACUGGUCCCUGCCCUCAGCGAGGAGAGGAGCUGGGACGUCCUGCGGCAGCUCCGCAUCUGCUGGCCCUCCGGCUCCGGUGGCUCGGCCCUCACUGAUGCCAUCUCGGCCUUGAAGGCAGCGCUGGGCCGGUGCCCCUGUGCCACAACCUGUGAGCAGGGGCCAGGUACAGCCGAGGGUGUCCUCUCAAAGGUGCACCUGAAGAGCUUCGUGGAGCAGCAGGGCUUGUUGGGCUAUGACCCCAAUCUAGAUGUGCUUCUCGGUGAGCCUCACAUGUACAUCAGCUCAGUGACAGAGAGCACACUGCGGUCCUUGGCUGAGCUGCAGGAAGCUGUUCUGCAGUGCCCAGCCAAAGGCCAGAGUAGUUGCUGCAGCAUCGUGCAUGUGGUGAACUGUGAGGAGGAAUUCCAGCAGCAGCAGCUGGAUGUGCUCUGGAGGAUUUUGGAUCCGGGAGCCCACACAGCUUUGCAGAAACACCUUGUCUGUGGGCCAGUGAAGGUGACCAGCCCCUCAUCACCCAUUGGGGCAGACCAGUACUUCCAGCUCCGGAAGCGCCAGAUGUAUGAGGCCUCUGUGAUCAAGUAUGGGGAGCUUGCACAAGAUGAGGCCUGGACAGAGGUGAUUGAUACCCUGACAGUGGCUGCCAUCAGGUUUGAGAUGCUGAGCACUGCUCACCGGAGUCAGAUCACCCUGGACCUGGAGAACAAUAGCAUCUCCACAAAAGGAACAAAGAGUGGUGCCUUUGUGAUGUACAACUGUGCCCGACUGGCCACGCUCUUCAGCACCUUCCAGCGGGCUGUGGAGCAGGGCACAUAUCCACCUCUGCCACCAGUGUCUGAACUGAACUUCUCCUGCCUUCGAGAAGAGGGUGAAUGGCUCCUGCUCUUCAACUAUCUCCUGCCCUUCCCUGAAGUCCUGCAGCAGGCAGCACAGCUGCCCCCACCCUCCAAGGGGAUCCGGAUCACUGCCAGCACAGAGACAGUGUGCAAGUUCCUGAUCCAGCUCAGUAUGGAUUUCAGCUCCUACUACAACCGGGUGCACAUCCUGGGGGAGCCAUUCCCUCAUCUCUUUGACCAGAUGUUUGCUCGCCUCCAGCUGCUGGGAGCAGUGAGAGAUGUGUUCCACAGUGCCCUGGCAACCCUGCACCUCCCUCCUCUCAGCCAGAUCUGAGCCACCCCUGAAGAGCUGGACCAUGGUGUGACAGUCACCUACACACCACUGUUGGGGGGGAGAACAGGGCACAUUGUCCUGGCAGGGCAAGGGCUGCUCCAGUGGCAGGCAAGGCACAGUUCAGCCCCAUGGAGGCAUUUCCCUUCCCAUGGUGUUUGGGGAUUGGUCUGUACUCUCUGCAGCUUUGUCCAGUGUGGGACAUGGGUGCCCCUCCACAUCUACACCAGCAGAAGGGAAAAGGGCUCCUGUGGCACCCCAGAAGCUGGGCUGGGAGUACUGGGGAGGUGGCAGCAGGGACCAGUCACCACAAAGACAAAUGCCAACUUCACUUCCCUCAAAACUUUAUUGAAAGGUGCUCUGUGCUGGCAGGGAGCUCCUGAGGCUCUUGGCUCCUGUUGGGCUCUGAGCCAGGCCCCAGUAUUGGGGUCCAAUACACUUGUUGCUGGACAACUCCUCUA